AUGAGGGGUACAAGGCUGUCACUAAGGACACCAUAUACUGCUAAGUCGCACUACACAACUACAGGAGCUCAGAAACCAUUACAUGGUAGCUUGUGUGAGGCAACGUCGUUUGUUGGCUGCAGUAGCGUGUGGCUACGGGGUAUUUCUUGCUCCACCCAAUACAAAGGAAAGCUGAACAUCCACUUAAAUCUCACGUCAGGCGGACGAGUCGUGACUCCGAUUCCAGCCGGGUUUGAGCACGGACAAGGUCGCGAUUUGACGGAUGAAUUGGCCAAUGAAACCUUGCUUGCAUUCAGCGCAUCGCCAGCUGCCAGCGGAUGCAGGAUUCUAUUUUUUGAACUGGACUUGUCGGUUUUAGGUAGCUCUACCUCGGUGGCCAAUGCAGCUUACUUGCAGACUCGAUGCUUGGUUUAA